CCGGCACAUCCGAAUAUUCGCCGUAAUACUACGCUUUGCAGGGUCGACUGGGUAGGUCAAUGAGCGCACCUGCUCCGAGGGUUGACAUCAAGGGUAACAACUCGUCGUAUAAGGAGGCGGCAGCUUACCUGGGACCCAGACUCAAUAUCCGCUAUCUCGUCCUCGUUAUCUGUGCUGCUUUUGUUUCGCUGUUCAGCCUCAACUUCAGCGCCGUACACACCAGCGACUCCGCACCCGAAUGGCGGGAUAAUAUCUGGCCAUACCGCGAACAGACACCCUGGGACAUAUCCACCGACUUUGCGUACCCACGACUACUCGAAUACGACGUUGAGGAAGGGACAUGGUUGCGUUUGGAUGUGCAUCCUACGACAGGGGAUAUUGUCUUUGACAUGCUUGGGGAUUUGUACUGCAUCCCAGGUGACGAGCAAGAUCGUCGCAGUGUAGCGAGAGCCCGCCCAGUCUUGCUUGGUGUUCCCUAUGAUUCGGACCCCCAUUUCUCACCAGACGGUGACAGGAUUGUGUUUCGCAGUGAUGCAGGCCUGGGAGUGGAGAAUAUCUGGGUCAUGGCCUGGCGUGGGUGUCGCGACAUGGACGUCAGGCCGGGGACCGUCACCUACGACGAUAGGCAAACCGAUCGCUUAAAACGUGAGGGCCGGCUUGAAGCGAGACGUGUAACGAAUGAGACAUUUCGCUGGGUGUCUGACGCACGAUUCCAUCCAUCGGGUAACAAGAUAAUCGCAUCCAAAUGGUACACAUCAAAAAUCACUCUUUCUGCGUCGGAAGGGUGGGAGUACGAUGUCCCGCUGCUCGCAGACGGACCCCAGAAACCGAUCAAGCCGCAGAGCGGCCGUCGCAUCCUGGGCAGGACUCUUCCUGUUGGUAUGACGGUUGAUGACUAUGAUAAUCAACAGAUAGGCCCCGAGCAAUUCCUUUGGAGGAACAACGAUACCCUCAUCUACGCCAAGAACGUCCAAGAUUCAUUUACGAUUUCCGAGGGUAAAGACAUACAUAAGGGCGUUUACUCCAUAUUUUCUCUGAAUGUGACCAGCGGAGAGGAGGAGACCAUUGUUGAUGCUUUUCCCGGGGGCGCUAGCCGACCGCAGUUGUCUCGGGAUGGACGAACUCUCGCGUUUGUUCGACGAGCAAGAGAUCAUGAAGUUCUUGUUCUGAAGGAUCUUAACACCGGUACCAUUCACCAUGUCUUCGACGGCCUGACAUAUGACUUAAGCUCGGUCUGGGCACCUAUGGGGACAUACCCCUCCUUUGCGUUUACUCCCACAGGCAAUGCUGUUAUCAUCUGGGGAGCCGGUCAAAUACAUCAUAUUCCUUUGGCUAGUAACCGGGACGGGGAGCGGGUCGCGAGUGGGACCCCGCAUCCUAUCCGAUUCCGUGCUCAUAUCGAAAUGCAAAUGGCAGAAACUAUCAAAGGCGGUGUGGAUCUGCUUUCGUUGGAGACUCAGGCUAGCAUGAGGGUACAUGCUUUCAAGGAGCUCCAUAUAGACGACUCUGGGGGACGAGCAGUAUUACAAGCUGCUGGAGUGACCGUUGUCCAGCCUAUUGGGAGCCAGGAAGUGAUGUCGGUACCGAUUCUUCACCGCGGUUACCCGUAUUACUCGCCAUCUUUUGUCUCUGGUUCUAGCGAUUUAAUCGUUCACUGCCGGUGGUCAGACACUGACUUCACCUCGUUCGAAAUAGCUGAUCUGUCGUCGGGAUUCGCGUACAAAAUCGAGGGAUUGCCUCUCGGACGAUAUCUUGCUCCCGCUAUUUCGCCGGGCACGAACAGGCAACGAAAGAUUGCAUUCGUAAAGACUGCUGGAGAUUCAUUGACCGGGACGAUCGUAGCCACUGCACGCCCGGGGCUUUACUUUGCAGACUUGACCUUACCCAUAAGGGGAGAACACGAUAAUGUUCUGUUGUACAAUCUAAAAUUUAUCCCUUCAAACAUCGCUUACAACGACCGUGUAAUCAGCCUGCGAUUUCUUGAUCAGUAUCAGCUUCUGGUGGAAGAACCUAGACGCACGUUCGUCACUGAUGCUUCCAAUUCUUACAAGCAACAGAUCCUUGCAUCCGGGAAAAUGUCAAACAAAGUCUCUGUCUCAGCCGAUAACCUUGUGGCUUUUGUCGAAUUCCAACAUGUGUAUCUCGCCUGUGGUCGCGAUAUCCAGCCCGGUGAACAACUUUGGGCGAAACCAGGCAAAGCUACGAAGGGUUUGGCGAGGUUGAGUCUUCACGGUGGACAUGAUGUUACGUGGAGUGGGAAUGGGAAAAAAUUAUGUUGGCUCUCUGGUCCUACACUGUUUUCACUGGAAGUCUCCCGUCUCAAGACAUGCCUUACUAGUAUCAAGAACGAUCCCUCGACUUUUGGUAUAGAGUGCGUGAAAGAUCUUGUCAAAUCGCAAGAAAUCUUCGUUCAACAUUCCACGGAUAUUGCACGUCUGAAAGAAGAGGCGAAGGCUUCUGGAUGGUCGGGUGUCGUGGCUGUAUACAAUGCGACCCUUUUGACAAUGGAAACUGGCCUCAUCGAAAAGGAUCUUAUCAGGCAGGGAGUUAUGUUGGUCAAGGAUGGUGUAAUCCAAGCUGUCGGCCCUGUUGGUGGCGUUUCUGUUCCCGACGAUGCUGUCAAAUUCAAUGCCAAUCAGGGAUUUGUCAUACCUGGUUUUAUAGAUGUUCACUCCCACUGGGGAGGCUACCUUGUUCCCUUCCCUGCCAAAUCAUGGGAAAUGCAGAAUUUCCUUGCCUAUGGUGUAACCACAAUGCACAAUCCUAGCUCGGAUACAGUUGGAGCCUUCAUAGAGCGCAGUCGUUUAGAGAGUGGGCAAUUCAUUGGGCCUCGGAUCUUGACUACGGGGUCUGUUAUUUUUGGUGGGGGAUGGGAGGGAUUGCAUGAAGAGAUUGUGAAUAUGGAUGAAGCGGUAUCUGCGCUGACGAGGAUUAGGGCUGAAGGCGGGCCAGUGAGUUUGUCGUAUAAGAAUUAUCAGCUGCCUUCGCGUGCUUCUCGUCAACGACUAUUGAAAACGGCUCGUGAUAUGGGCUUGCUUUGUGUUCCUGAAGGUGGUGGUUAUUAUGAUUGGGACCUAACAUAUAUUAUAGAUGGCAUGACGACUGUUGAACAUGCUUUGCCUGUCUCCGUUUUGUAUGAUGAUGUCCUUACGCUGUGGUCACAAAGCGGUACAGGCUCUACGCCAACACAUAUCGUCAGCUAUGGAGGCGUUUUUGGAGAACAGUAUGUUUGGGCGACUCAAGACAUUCCGAACGACCCAAAGCUAAGACGGUUUUCGCGACACGAUAUUUUAGAACGACUACACGAAUCGACAGCGCGGCCAUUGACCUCAUAUGCUCUAUUCAAUGUUUCAUUAUCCACGGCUAAAAUGGUGAGAACGGGCCUGAGGACGCAUAUUGGGGCACACGGGGAGAAACCGCUAGGAUUCAAUUACCAUGAGGAGAUGGCAUUCACGAAGUAUGGAGGCCUGACAAAUUACGAGGUUCUCCAGGCAGCAACAUCGUCGGCUGCCAUCACAUUUGGGCUUUUUGGCUCAGUUGGCUCGUUGUCUAUAGGAAAGUUAGCGGACUUUCUUAUAUACCCUCCGGAUUUUGAUCUGCUCGACGGUCCCAUACACGGCACGAAAGAGCUGAUGUACGUCGCUCGGGGGGGAAGAAUAUGGGAGGCUCACACCAUGACAGAACAAUGGCCGGUGAAAGGUAGAGUCCAAACCAUGCCUCCGUAUAACCCGGAUCCAGUGUAAUGAAGUUUGAUCUCCACGACGAGCUGAUCUAUAUUGUCGCUCAAUAAAAUACAUAAUACCCUUCGGC